UUAUUACGGUUAAACACAGCAGCCAUGAAUCAAACCGGUACCGGACAGAUCAUGAAUCUUCUCAGCAACGAUGUCAUUCUCUUCGAUCAAUUAACAAUAUACCUGAAUUACAUAUGGAUCAUGCCUUUUAUGACCACGAUCAUAGGGACAAUGAUGUUGCAAAAAGUCGGUAUUUCGUGUUUGGUUGGCAUCGGGACAUUGUUGAUCAUUGUCCUCCCAGGACAAGAGACUUUGAGCUUCUUGAAUCUCAAACUCAGAACCAUGAUUGCGCCACUGACGGAAGAGUACAACUAA